UUGUACAUAUAUAUGAUCUAGCAUUACUCUCUAUACUGAGCCUCAAUUGGAACAGAGAGAUUUGGUGGUGACAAUGGAAGUGAGCAACAAUUACAUAACAAUAAAAACUCAUAUUAAUGGUGAGCCGAAAGAGUCCGACUUUGAGCUCAAGACUGCAACUCUUGCUCUCUCAGUUGAACCUGGGUCCUAUGACGUCAUAGUGAAGAAUCUCUAUGUCUCCGUUGACCCAUACCAGAUCAACCGCAUGAAGACUCACAGCUCCUCUCAGAAAGCAGUAACUGCUUCACGUCGGAUAACCCCCGGGGAGGUUGUUGAUGCGUAUGGUGUGGCCAAAGUUGUGGCUUCUGGGAAUCCCAAGUUUGAGAAGGAUGAGUUGGUUGUCGGGAGGAUUGGUUGGGAAGAACACAGUGUAAUUAAAGAAGAAAACCUGAUAAAUAAAUUGGAUCCCAUGGGAUUUCCACUCACUUACCAUGUUGGAGUUCUAGGGACUAGUGGAUUGACAGCCUAUGCUGGAUUUUUUGAAGUGUGCAAACCCAAAAAGGGUGAGAAAGUAUUUGUGUCUGCAGCUUCUGGAUCGGUUGGAAAUUUGGUUGGACAGUAUGCCAAACUGUUUGGUUGCUAUGUCGUUGGUUGUGCUGGAAGCAAGCAAAAGGUAGAGUUGCUAAAAGAAAAGCUGGGAUUUGAUGAUGCAUUCAACUACAAGGAACAAACAGAUUUGAAGUCAGCUUUGAAAAGGUACUUCCCAGAUGGAAUCGACAUAUACUUCGACAAUGUGGGGGCUGAGAUGCAGGAAGCAGCAGUUGCCAACAUGAAUGCCUUCGGUAGAGUUGCUGUUUGUGGGGUAAUAUCCGAGUACACGGAUGCUGGGAAGCGAGCGGCUCCAGAUAUGAUAGACGUUGUGUACAAGAGAAUCACAAUCCGAGGUUUUUUGAUAGUUGAUCAUAUGAAUGUGUAUGCAGAUUUUAUAUCAACCACCUCGGAUCAAAUUCGUAGAGGGGACAUGCAGGUAAUUGAAGACAUUGCAACCGGUUUGGAGAACAUCCCCUCUGCUUUCAUUGGACUCUUUCGGGGUGACAACAUUGGAAAAAGAAUUGUUAAGAUUGCAGAGGAGUGAAUGGGAAGAAAAAACUUGCCAUAUAACUUGGUAAUGCGUCUGUAAAUAUUAGCCUUUGAAUCAAUGGCUGAUUUUCGCAAAAAACUAUAUAUUUUGCUUGAUUAGUGAACUGAAAUGAACGUAUUCUAUUGAUCAUUUGUAGUUAUUGUGGAUGGUAAUUGUCCCUGCUAGCAAUAAUUACACUAACGAUUUCAAGACACAAUUAUCAAGCACUGUCAGAGUAACCAAACAGAUAAUAAGAAAGAAAUAAAGCAGUAGGAUUCAUGUUUUGAGAAUGGUUAACUAAUUAAUCA